AUCAUUGCCAUCCCGGGGCUGGGCACAAAUCCACAAGAAUGUUGGACCUGGGCAGAGAAUGCCGGUCGUUCUGAAGCUGCCACACCCGGCACCAAAGCGCGACAAUUCAACUGGAUCCGCGACGAUGAUGGCCUCGCUAAGCUCUUCCCGAAGGCCAGAGUCAUGCUAUACGAUUAUGCUUCGGCCUGGCAGGGAAAGCAUAGGGUGAGGGCCACGAUGAAGAGCAUCUGCAACUGGCUGCUCGAUGAUCUCAAGGACCAUCGAAAGAGUGGCGGCGAGAUCACUCGACCUUUAAUCUUCAUUGGACAUAGCAUGGGCGGCAUUGUGGUUGCCAAGACAUUGUGUAUGGCCAGAGCUAAGAAAGAAUAUGAGGCCCUCGUCACUUGUACAAUGGGAUGCGCCCUGUUUGGAGCACCAUUUUACGGCUCUGACAUGGCCAAAAUUGCCCUGCUCUACAGCUCGGUGUUCGGCCAUGAAGCGUAUGAAUCAUUGCUCUCAUUCAUGAAAACUGAGAAGAACGACGUGCUGGAAGAGACCACGGAAGACUUCAUAGAAAUCAGCAGCAAGCUGGUCCCGCCCAUUGAGCUGUUCUGCGCCUGGGAAAUGGAGGAGACUGCCGUAUCGUAUGCCGGAAAGGUCACCUCCAACCUGCCUGGCCUCUUGCAGCAUAAGUUUUUCAAAACAGGCGCUAAAAGAGUUAUGGAAGUUGGGCUCUCAGCCUUCGGAACCAGCACCGUCAGUCUUCAACCCCCGUCUCGACGUGACUUGCUGACAGCAAGAUAG